UGAAACUCACAGAUACGUUGUAUUCCUGCCGUACCAGUUCAACACUUACUACUUCCCCGGGCUGACCUCUGCUGGAGAGGGCACAGUGGGCAGGGCCAGGGCACGGAGCGGGCACUGCAUCUGGGAUUCUCUGCCGAACAUUCCUCAUAUUCCAGCGUUCCAUGAACAAUUAAUGGGAGUUUGUGCAUUCUUAUUGUAUUAAAUAGCGGCCAGCAACAGUUUACAGGAUGAUCUUUUCCAGUGUACCCAUGAGGAUACCCACCGGGAAGCUGCAGACCUAUGUUUCAUCAGCGCAGCACAUGGCUCCUCCCAGCCCCAGCAACAGCAAUGGUGGGGGUGAAGGAGGUGGUGGUGGAGGUGGUGAACAGUUAAGCAAAACGAAUCUGUACAUCAGAGGUCUUCAUCCCAGCACUACGGACCAGGACUUGGUGAAGCUCUGUCAGCCGUAUGGAAAAAUUGUGUCGACCAAGGCUAUUUUGGACAAAACGACAAACAAAUGUAAAGGUUAUGGAUUUGUGGACUUUGACAGCCCCGGAGCAGCUCAGAAAGCAGUCACGGCUCUGAAAGCCAGUGGAGUGCAAGCCCAAAUGGCAAAGCAACAGGAGCAGGACCCAACUAACUUAUACAUCUCCAACCUGCCGGUCAGUAUGGAUGAGCAGGAGCUGGAGUCCCUGCUGAAACCCUUUGGGCAGGUUAUAUCCACUCGUAUCUUGCGGGAUGCUAGUGGGACCAGUCGAGGUGUUGGUUUUGCAAGAAUGGAAUCCACAGAAAAGUGUGAAGCUGUAAUCCAUCACUUCAAUGGCAAAUAUAUCAAAACGCCCCCUGGUGUCCCAGCUCCCCAAGAGCCCUUGCUUUGCAAGUUUGCAGAUGGUGGACAAAAAAAACGACAGACCCAGGGAAAGUACAUUCAAAAUGGGCGUGGCUGGCCACGAGAGGGAGAGACGGGCGGUAUGACCUUGACAUAUGAUCCUACAAACGCUUUGCAGAAUGGGUUUUAUACCACCCCGUACAGUAUUGCCCCAAAUCGGGUGAUCGCACAGGCAGCCCUCUCUCCGUACUUGCCAUCACCCGUAUCUUCUUAUCCGGUUCACAAUCCUUCCUGGAUGCAUCACCAGUCUUACCUCAUGCAACCUGCAGGAACUAUCCUCACUUCCACUAUGGACCAUGCUAUUUCCAUCCAGCCCGCUUCCAUGAUGGGACCUCUGACUCAACAGCUGGGGCACCUGUCGCUUGGCAGCACUGGAGCGUACAUGCCAGCUGCAGCCGCUAUGCAGGGGGCUUACAUCCCCCAGUACUCGUCCGUGCCUUCUACUGUCUCCAUUGAGGAGAGCAGCGGGCAGCCUCAACAAGUUGCCGUGGAAACCACCACAGAACACGCCGCUUAUUCCUACCAAUGAACCAAUAAAUGUGGGUUCCAACAUGGAAAUGAAACUGUGCAGGAUGUGACUGGAUGGACUGUGCAGGGCUUAAAAUGAGGCUUUACGGAAAUGCGAAAAAAAUGAAAAACGGAAGAAAAAAAAGAAAUGGGGAGAGAAUGAUUGGAGAAAAAACAAUUUAUUUUUCUUUCUUUCUUUUGCAAAGAAGCAUUUUUACUGCAAUAAACUUUAAACUUCCAAGGAACCAAAGCAGCUACAAAAAAAUAAAAAAAGAGAACUCAGCAAACCUUAUGAAACCAGAACAGACUUACAAAUUUCAACUGAAUAACUACAUUUAAAAAAAAAAAGAAGAAAAAAAAAAAGAAAAAAUAUAAAGCAAAAAGCAAAAAAAAAAAAACCAAGCAGAAAAAAAACAAAAUUCUAUUUUAUUAAGAAGAUUUUUUUUUUUUGUCUUUUUUUUACGGUAGAAUAUUUUUUUUUUUUUAUUUAAAUGCGUAUCUUAUGAGGAAAGCGCAGAAACAGGACAUAACUCGGCGAAUUGUAUGCGAAAGAAAGACUGCAAAGGGGAAGUUGCAAUUUUGCUGCCUGACGCCAUUUUAUUUUCAGAACUGUUUGGAUUUUUGUUUUUUAAUGUGUGGCAGGAUCUUUUUUUAAUCAUAUUUUUUGUUUGUGGGAUAGGGGCGGGGAGGGGGCAAGCAAUAUGCAAAGCUGUUUUUUUGAGGGGGAUUUAUUAUUUUGAUGUGUUCAAAUUUUGAUUUAUGUUUUUGGGGGUUAUUUUUCCUGUCACCUGUAAGGAUUGUCUAAUGUCAAAAUGGAAGCUAUAGCUUAGGGUGCCAGUAAAAAACAAUGGAUGCCAGAUUGAUAGAGGCUGAGUCAAAUGAGUGGUCUGCUGACUGUAAUUGAAAAGUCUGUCUUACCUCAGUGUGGUGAGAAGUGGUAUGGAAGCAUAGUAAAUGCAUUGAUCCUGUUUGAAUAUGAUUUAGUGACUUGCUGACUUUGUUAUAUGUUUAUUUCUCACAAUAUUGAAAAGAGGCCUCCAUUUUAGAAACAGGAAGGUGUUGGACAGCUCUGAAAAGUGACUGGAGCCCACUCAGUGGUAGCCUAUCCAGCUGCACAAUCACUCACUACUUUAAAUUACACUGUAAUGUUUAUCCAGGCUGGAUUCUGAAUGCCUAAAAAUAUAAUGGGAUAAAAACCUGGGUCAGUAAUGAACUGAAAUGAUUUAGCAGGUGCUCAGUCCUAGCUUAAAUUUGCUUACCAUGGGAAUUGGUUUUCUAGAGUUUGAGGAACAUCUUAACUUAACCCAUUGACCAGAGACCGUAAUAAAUUAUUGUUUACCAUCAUGAAAAGCCUGAAAAGCCUUUCUAGAGAGUUUGAGGUACAACUUAACUACCGUACUAUUAUUUUUUCUAUAAUUUUAUUUUGUAGUAGAGACAUCUUUGUUUACUGAUUUAAUAAUAACUCUCCAGAAAAGGUUUAUAACUGAGAUCUUCAGGUAGAUUCUCUCUAUGUUCUAUCAACUAAAGCAUUUUUAUUUAUCUCAUUAUGACCCUUUACUUUGUUUAGUUAAAUUCAUUUUUCAGAACGGUUCUUAUACCAAGGGCAGUAAGGGUUCUACUAACAAAACUCUGGAAAUGUUGUUUCUCGAGUGGAUGUAUCUUAUAUUAGUACAUAUUCUGUCAGCAAUCACCAUGGAAAAGAUGCGAUAACGAGUUCUAAUUGUAUGUAUGUAAAGUGUGAAGCAAUUUCAUGCAUAAACGGUCAGUGUUAUUUUGUGGAUCCUCAUUUUUAGGGUGAUGAAAAAACUCAAUAUGUAAUAACAUAAGUGUACAAUUACUAUGUGGUAAAAACACCUAAGUGGUAAAAUUAAUGUAGGGUUUAUUGAAAAUCCUAUUUUGUUCUUUUUCACAAGACCAUGGAUUAAGACUGUUUGGGAACUUAUAGGAACGGGAGAGCUCUCUCUUACUGGAGAAUUCUAAUGUAGUUUGGGUUUUUUUCAGGGUUAUUCACCAAAGUGAGAAUCGUUGGGAAUUCAAAGUGAAUUUCUAAUUUAAGACCAAAGUAGCCAAAUCAGAAGUAUAGCUGGCAGAAGUAUAGCCUUAAAUUUGAAAUUCAUUUAGAAUUUCUGACAAUAAACACUUUGGUGCAUAACCUGAGCGUGUUCAAUGUUAGCAAUAAUAGAAAUAAAUCCCAUUUAGAUUUUGCAUAUGCUUAUGGCAGUUAGUCAUGCCCAUGAUGAGAAGGUAUAACUAGGAAUUGGUUGGUUUAGUGGUAUUCAGUACUGUAUAGGAAAUUUCAUUAUCUUAAUAGUUUUCUGACUUCUGCAAGGGACUCAGGAUUUUGUGGGCCAGACUAGUAAGAAAUCAAUGCGAGAAAUGUAUACUUAUUUGUAAAUUCAGUUUACAGCUAUAUCUUGGAAUAUUAAGAUGUGAUCCAGCCAUUGUUUUUACCUUCUUUGUAUUUAAGUAGUGAUCUAUAUUUCAUUGUGUUAAGGGGGGCUUCCAUUGUUCCUACUUGUCCAAUACCUCUCCUGUAAAUAUAUGGUGGCUAUUUGAAUACGGCACAAUGCGUAGGGCGGUUUAACAGAAAAAUAUCCUUUUAAUUUUAGAAUGUGCCUGAAUGUGUUAAAGGGCAGUAAAGCCUUGAGACAUGUUAAACCCCUUUAUUGUGUCACUAUAAAAAAUAAAUUUUUGAUAGUAAUAGGUUAUCUACUUUCCAUUU